AUGGAGCGCGCUUCUUUCUCCAAAUACUCCUGGAUCGACUUCGCCUUCUCGGUGGUCGGGGUGUGCACCUUCCUGGUGGACUGGGGCUCCGACGUGUGGGUCGCCACCGAGUUCUACCGCCGCGGGGAGCUGGUGUGGUUCGGGCUCCUGCUCGGCCUCAUGCUGCUCUCCUCCGUCGUGGUCCAGAUGUUCAGCUGGUUCUGGUUCCGGUACGACCGGGAACUGCCGGGCUUCGGGACUCAGGCCGGGGCGGGGACGGUGCUGUUCGGGGACCGCGCGGAGCUGUUCUGCCUGCUGCAUGUGCUGCAGCUGGGCUUCCUGUGCAGGCACAUCUCGGCCAUCCGUCAAGGCUUCAGGGUUUGGUGGAGGAAGCAGGAAGGAUCAGAGUACGCCGUUUACCUGACCCACGAUCUGAGCAUGCUCCGUCUGAUCGAGACCUUCUGUGAGAGCGCUCCUCAGCUCACCCUGAUGAUCUACGUCAUGCUGAGGACCAACAAGGCCCGGACCGUUCAGUUUGUGAGCAUCGCGGCGUCCACCACAUCCAUCGCCUGGAUGGUGGUGGACUACCACCGCUCGCUGCGCUCCUUCCUCCCGGACAAGGCCAAGCAGGGCUGGGGCUCGUCUCUCGUCUACUUCCUGUGGAACCUGCUGCUCAUCGCGCCCCGGGUGGCGGCGCUCGCCCUCUUCUCCUCGGUGCUGCCCGGCUACGUGGCCGCCCACUUCCUGCUGCUGUGGCCAGUCUUCGUUCUGUGGGUGUGGAAGCAGGGGACGGACUUCAUGGACAGCACCGGUGGCGAGUGGCUGUACCGGGCCACCGUGGGCCUCAUCUGGUACUUCAGCUGGUUCAACGUGGCCGAGGGCCACACCAGAGGGCGGAGCUUCAUUUACCACGCGUUCAUGACAGUGGACGGCGGCCUGCUGCUGGGGACGUGGUGGUUCUACCGCGACCCGGUCCAGACGGAGGCAUACGGCCUGGCGCUGCUGCUGGCGCUGCCGCUCACCUCCCUGCUGGGGCUGCUCUUCAAGUCGCUGUACUACUGCUGCUUCCACCCCCGACUGUGGAGGCCGCCGCUCAGGGAGCCGGCGCCGCCCGACGACCUGCCGGACGCCCAGGUGGCCUCCAGAGACUUCUCCAUCCAGGACGACCCGCUGUCCGCACAGAUCCUCAACAGGCGCAUGGCCCGCCACGCCGCCCGCUUCUACAGGGACCCAGGAGGAGGAGGAGGGAACUCUGACGGAACCAACGGAACCGAGACGUCGCCACUGUGACCCAGAUCAGUGUGAUGUGAUGCUACAUGGUCCCGUGUGUGGCGGUGACGGCUUGUUGUUGGUCUGCAGACACCAGAAAAUGGUGAAAGUGUUUCCCAGAACCAGAAAUCUGAGUCAUUUUCUAAAAGCAAACUCAUCAUUUUGUCUCGUAUUUGCUGUUUCUCUCAGUCCUUGAUUAUUUACUUGAUUUCUAGUCGAUGUAAAGACGCCGUCGGGGCUUUUUUCAUCACUUGGACGUUUAUGACAAAGUUUAUUUUCAUUAUCAAUUAAUCUGAUAAUUAUUUUCCCCUCAAAAUUGGUUCAUUUUUUGGUUCAUAAAAUGAAAAAAAAAGAGAAGAAGAAGAAGAAGAAGAGGCCAGUUUUAAACCAAAAACACCAAAUUUAACAACAAAUAAAUGUUCUUGAUCAUUUAUUUGGUAAAUGAAACUAAACCUCAUUAGAGCUGCAGCUUACAAUUAUUGCCAUCAAUGAUGAAUCUAGUGGUUAUUUUCUUGAAUUGUUUGUUCUAUAAAAUGUCAGAAAAUUGUGAAAAUACCCAAAUUAAAUUUGUUUUUGACGCCUGUAUUCGCUGCUCUCAGUCCUCGAUGAACAUAUUCUAUCUCUGGUUGAUGUGAAGGAGCCACUGGAGCUUUUUUCAUCACUUUCUGGCAUUUUUUAGACAAAAUGAACUCAAUCUGAUGAUUAUUGUCACGACCAUUUAAUCUGUCAAUUAUUUCUACCAGAAAAUUGGCUCAUAAAAUCCCCAAAAAGACAUUUUUAAAGCAAAAAACACCAAAAUGAAUCAGCUUUGAUGCUUACAUUGUGUCUCGUUUUAGUCCUUUAUGGAUUAAUUCAGCAUUAGAGCUGAAACGACCAUUUUCUUGAUUAUUUAUUUGGUAAACAAAACUAAACCUCAUUAGUUCUAUAAAAUGUAAUUGGUUUGGACGCGUUUUUCUCAGUCCUGUGUGAACAUCUUUGGGUUUCGGUCGAUGUGAAGGAGCCAUUCUGCCCAUUUUUCAGUAUUUCCUGAAGCUUUAUACACAAACGUAGAUUCAGCUGAUGAUUAAACUUUGGACUGAAUCUAUCAUUUUGCUGUUACAGUGAAGAAAGAACAAUCUGAAAAAACUAUUUACACGUAAGAAACUUCAACCAGAACAUAUAGAUUUUUACAAAAUACUUGAACUGAUGAAUUGAUAAUCAGAAUAGCUGUUGAUUAAUCAACAGUGAAGCAACUGAGCCAUCCGUCUCUAUUGACUGUUAAUUUUGCAGCAGUUUUAAGUUUAAUGUGCUUAAAGCCAAAAUACUGUUUCAAAACCAGCUCAAUAAGCAAAAAACAGAUACAAGGAUGAAUUAAUUUCCGCUUUAUGUUUUAUUUUACAUUUAAUGAAGGAGGGAAUUCCUGGAAAACUUGCUGAAAACUGCCAAGAAUUUAGGUUUUUACCUCAAUUGGCAGAUGAAAUACCUGAAAAAUGCACGUAUUUAGUCGUAUUAAUGCAAAAAAUAACACGACUCCUGCUUAAAUGAGUCCAGUAGAUCCACAUCAUGGUGGUGUUUGUCUGCUCUGUGUGAAACUGGGAGAGUUUAGCUGAUUUCUAAACUUUGGUGCUUUUUCUAUGAAGCAAUUUGUAUUUUGUUAUUUUAGAUAUGUAGGUAUAUUUUUACAUGUUGAAAUACUGUUUUUUUUUAGAUGUAUGUCUCACAGGUCGCUGCUUUUAUUUCAAAAAUACAAACACGCAACCUCGUUUUUUAUAGUUACUGAUAAUAAAAAAAAUAAAAAGCUGCAUAUUUUGGACACCAGCUGUUAAAUGGUUUAAUAAGCUCAAGAGGUUUGGAAAUCUUUUCUAAAUGGAAAUUAAUCAAUAAAAAUGAGUUUCUGAGGCUUUUUAUGUGACAGUAAAGUUUCUAAAUGUUGUGUUCUUGUGGAUUCGAAGCUGCUGAACCUGGACACUGAAUGUAAAUUUAACAACAAGUUUGUGUUUUUUCUCAUUUCUUUUUUCUGUCAACUGCUGUUUUUAGACCACGAGGUGAUAUUUACUUCUUAUUUAUGGGGUAAAACUCUGGUCAGCGUUCGUUUAAAUGUCCCACGAGUCCAACAUCUGCGUCGGCUUGGUUCCAGGUUCUUCUCCACCUCUUGGGCUCGUUGUUUUACAUGUUGAACCCGAUUCAGUUGUUUUUCUGCCGAGGCUCUCGACUGUUGUCAAACCUUUUACCUCAUCUGCUCCGUGCAAUUAUUAAAGUGGGAAUGUUGCUCA